AUGGGGUCCCACCUCUACUCGAUGCCCAAAGGGGUGCACGCCAUUCCGGAGCAUGAGUUGGAUCUCAGGCCCGACCCUGAAGUUGACGCCGCCCUGCUGAACCCCCCACCACCCUCAUCGUCCUCAGAGAAGAACAUCUGGCUGUUCUGGCACUCGGGAUACAGCACAAUGCACCCGUACACACAGCGCACCGUCCGCACCUACCACCGCCGCUUCUCCCCAAAAGGCUGGACAAUACGCGUGGUCGACCGAGCAGAAGGUUCACCAUGUAACGUGGCCAACUUCCUCGACAUGCAAGACCCAGAUACCUUCCCCAAGGCAUUCCGUGAGGGGACCAUCACAGGGACAUACGCCCUGCAACACACAUCAGAUCUCGUGCGAUGGCCUCUGCUCCUCAAGUACGGCGGAGUCUAUGUGGAUGUAGGCCUGAUGCCCAUCGGCGACCUGGACCGGCUCUGGAACGUGACGGUGGGCGACCCGGGCUCACGUUGGGAGAUCCUCAGCAACAACGCGGGCGGUCCCGAUGAAUACGACCUGACAAACUACCUGCUGUGCGCGCGAAGGGACAGCCCCGUCUUCCGGCGCUGCCACAAGCUUCUCCUGGCACUCUGGGCAGAGGACGGCGGCAAGACGAGCACGGAGGGGAUGUGGGAGAGCCCCUUGCUGCGGGGCCUCCCCUUGCUAGGCCGAAGUUUGUCGGAUCAGGACAGUAGGGAUCUGACGGACUACAUCAUUCAGGGCCAGGUAAUGCGCAUGGUCUUGAGCUCUGUCGAUGAGGAGGAUAAUUGGGAUGGGCCGGAGUAUGUGACGCGGCACAUCUAUGCGUUGGAGUACAUGGUCGGCUCGCAGCUGAUCAACGAGAUGACCGCGUGGGACGGCCCCAGGGCUUUCGAACUGAUGUCUCUGAAGCUGCCCGAGCCAGGCGAGCCCGAGACCGACGACCAGAAGCUGGCCAGGGAGAUUGUCGAGGCGUGCCUCUCGAGGAGUUUCAGCUUCAAGCUGGCUCACGGGAUGAUCAUCCGAGUGCUUGGUGACACGCUGGGUUCGUUGUGGAGGGCGCAUCAGGGCUCCGAUGAUAUCGCCGGUACUUACGCCCACUGGCUAAGGCAUGGAAUGCUGCGUUGGUCUCAGGAUGAGUUGCCGGAGCCCAUGGAAUUUGUGAAGAUUACGCCCGUGAAAACAGGGUCAUUGCUUAGAGCAGAAUAG